GGCCCCACCCGGUGCUUGCUGGGCUGUGGAUGGGCCACGCCUCCGCCGGUUCAGACAGCCGCUCCUGUAUAAAUAGCGGCCCCGCUCCUCGCUGCCUCCUCCUCUCCCGAGUCCGCAGCAGCCGCCGCCAGCAGCUGCGCAAAGGCUCGACAAACCCUAACCCUAGUCCAUAGCUAGCUUAGCUUCCUUCCUCUCGAUCUAGCUAGAGCCAUGGCGCCGACCAAGGGCGAGGGGCCGGCCAUCGGCAUCGACCUCGGCACCACCUACUCGUGCGUCGGCGUGUGGCAGCACGACCGCGUCGAGAUCAUCGCCAACGACCAGGGCAACCGCACCACGCCCUCGUACGUCGCCUUCACCGACUCGGAGCGCCUCAUCGGCGAUGCCGCCAAGAACCAGGUCGCCAUGAACCCCAUCAACACCGUCUUCGAUGCGAAGCGUCUUAUUGGCAGAAGGUUUGCUGAUGCCCCUGUCCAGAGUGAUAUUAAGAUGUGGCCGUACAAGGUUAUUCCUGGCCCCGCAGACAAGCCUAUGAUUGUAGUGCAGUACAAGGGUGAGGACAAGCAGUUCUCAGCUGAAGAAAUUUCUUCCAUGGUCCUCAUCAAGAUGCGUGAGAUCGCUGAGGCUUACCUAGGAGUAACUAUUAAGAAUGCUGUUGUCACCGUGCCUGCUUACUUCAAUGAUUCCCAGAGGCAGGCAACCAAGGAUGCCGGUGUUAUUGCUGGUCUUAAUGUGAUGCGUAUCAUCAACGAGCCAACAGCAGCUGCAAUUGCUUAUGGUCUUGACAAGAAGGCUACCAGUGUCGGUGAGAAGAAUGUGCUUAUCUUUGACCUUGGUGGUGGCACUUUUGAUGUCUCUCUCCUUACCAUUGAGGAGGGUAUUUUUGAGGUGAAGGCCACGGCUGGUGACACUCACCUUGGUGGGGAGGACUUUGACAACCGUAUGGUGAACCACUUUGUCCAAGAGUUCAAGAGGAAGCACAAGAAGGAUAUCAGUGGAAACCCCAGGUCUUUGAGAAGGCUCAGGACUUCUUGUGAGAGGGCGAAGAGGACCCUUUCUUCCACUGCCCAAACCACCAUUGAGAUCGAUUCACUCUUCGAGGGAGUUGAUUUCUAUUCCACCAUCACCAGGGCCAGGUUUGAGGAGCUCAACAUGGACCUCUUCAGGAAGUGCAUGGAGCCAGUGGAGAAGUGCCUGAGGGAUGCCAAGAUGGACAAGAGCACUAUCCAUGAUGUUGUGCUUGUUGGUGGUUCCACCAGAAUCCCCAGAGUUCAGCAGCUGCUGCAGGACUUCUUCAACGGGAAGGAGCUCUGCAAGAGCAUCAACCCUGAUGAAGCUGUUGCCUACGGUGCUGCCGUCCAGGCUGCAAUCCUCAGCGGUGAGGGGAACGAGAAGGUGCAGGACCUUCUCCUCCUGGAUGUCACCCCACUGUCUCUUGGUCUUGAGACUGCUGGAGGAGUCAUGACUGUGCUCAUCACCAGGAACACCACCAUCCCCACCAAGAAGGAGCAGGUCUUCUCCACCUACUCCGACAACCAGCCUGGUGUGCUCAUCCAGGUGUUUGAGGGUGAGAGGACAAGGACCAGGGACAACAACCUGCUCGGCAAGUUUGAGCUCUCUGGCAUCCCGCCUGCGCCCAGGGGUGUUCCCCAGAUCACUGUCUGCUUCGACAUUGAUGCCAACGGUAUCCUGAAUGUCUCUGCUGAGGACAAGACCACUGGCCAGAAGAACAAGAUCACCAUCACCAACGACAAGGGCAGGCUGAGCAAGGACGACAUUGAGAAGAUGGUCCAGGACGCAGAGAAGUACAAGUCUGAGGACGAGGAGCACAAGAAGAAGGUUGACGCCAAGAACUCCCUGGAGAACUACGCCUACAACAUGAGGAACACCAUCCAGGACGAGAAGAUCGCCUCCAAGCUGCCUGCUGAUGACAAGAAGAAGAUCGAGGACGCCGUUGACGCCGCGAUCCAGUGGCUUGACGCCAACCAGCUCGGUGAGGUUGACGAGUUUGAGGACAAGAUGAAGGAGCUGGAGGGCCUCUGCAACCCCAUCAUCGCCAAGAUGUACCAGGGCGCCGGUGCUGGCAUGCCCGGAGGCAUGGACGAGGACGCGCCGGCUGCGAGCGGCGGUGCUGGCCCCAAGAUCGAGGAGGUCGACUAAGUUAGUCGCUUUUAUAUAGUGAGAAAUACACUAUACACCAUUUUAUUCAGUCCUGGGUGCCAAUCAUAUCACCUGGGCUGGAAGUUUUGUUGUACUUUUUGGUCUGUAGCAUCACGAGACUUGUGUGUGUCGUGAACAAUGCAAUGAUGCAUGUUUUGGCUCAUUGUUGAUUUCAGCUUAAUGCUUAUUAUUUGGACUA